GGGAACCGUUACGUGCCGGAAGAGGCAGCGUCCAUCUUAGGCGCUCGGACGCGUCGCGGCGGUGGGAUGGCGGCUGAUAGCCGGGAGGAAAAAGAUGGUGAACUCAAUGUUCUGGAUGACAUUUUGACUGAUGCUCCUGACCAAGACGAUGAGUUGUAUAACCCUGACAGUGAGCAAGAUAAAAGUGAAAAGAAGGGAUCCAAACGAAAAGCUGACAGGCUGGAGAACGCGGAAAGCAAGAGACAGAAGCCUGCUGUGCACUCCUCGAGGCAGCUGAUGCCAAAGCCUCCCAGCUCCUCUGUGAGCAACAACAAGAGAGUGGUGAGCACGAAGGCAAAGCCGGUGUCAGACUACAAGAGCGAGGAGUAUCAGAGGGCUGAGAGGAACAAGCGGCUGGAUGCCGAGCGAAAGAUGCGCAUGGCCGGCGGCGCCAGGGAGCCUUACAAAGGACAACCCGAAAAACCUUGCAUGAGGAAGAGGGAUAUUGACAGGAGGGCAAAGUCUUCUACACCAGAUGGUUCAGAGAGAAUCAGGCAUGAUGUGGAUAGAAGACCAAGCAGAUCCAGCCAUUCUUCUAAAGAAGAGGUGAACUCUGAGGAAUAUUGUUCAGAUCACGAGACUGGCAGUAGUGGUUCCUCUGAACAAGGCAACACAGAGAAUGAGGAGGAAGGAAUGGAAGAAGAUGAUGAUGAUGAAGGGGAGGAGGAUGAAGAGGUGGAAGAAGAUGGGGAGGAGGAUGAAGAAGAGUAUGAACAGGAUGAGAGAGAUCAGAAGGAAGGAAAUGACUAUGACACACGAAGUGAAGCCAGUGAUUCUGAUUCAGAAUCUGCCUCUUUCACAGAUGGGUCAGUCAGAUCUGGAUCUGGUUCAGAGGCAUCAGAUGAGAAAAAGAAGGAGAGGAAGAGAGCUAGAGGUAUCUCUCCGAUUGUUUUUGACAGAAGUGGAAGCUCUGCGUCAGAAUCAUAUGCAGGUUCAGAAAAGAAGCAUGAGAAAUUAUCAUCUUCCGUUCGUGCUGUCCAAAAAGACCAAACAAGUAAACUCAAGUACAUUCUCCAAGAUGCAAGAUUCUUUCUCAUCAAGAGUAAUAACCAUGAAAACGUAUCGCUUGCUAAAGCAAAGGGAGUAUGGUCAACACUUCCAGUCAAUGAGAAGAAGCUUAAUGCUGCAUUUAGAUCAGCAAGGAGUGUUAUUUUGAUAUUUUCUGUAAGAGAGAGUGGCAAAUUCCAAGGAUUUGCAAGAUUGUCUUCAGAGUCCCAUCAUGGAGGAUCCCCUAUACAUUGGGUGCUGCCUGCAGGAAUGAGUGCAAAAAUGUUGGGAGGUGUCUUUAAAAUUGACUGGAUUUGCAGGCGUGAGUUGCCGUUCACAAAGUCUGCUCACCUGACCAACCCCUGGAACGAGCACAAGCCAGUGAAGAUAGGCCGGGACGGACAGGAAAUUGAGCCGGAAUGUGGAACCCAACUUUGUCUUCUCUUCCCUCCCGAUGAAAGUAUUGACUUGUAUCAAGUCAUUCAUAAAAUGAGGCACAAGAGAAGAAUGCACUCACAGCCCCGAUCAAGAGGACGCCCGUCGCGUCGAGAGCCCGUGCGGGACGUGGGAAGGCGUCGACCAGAGGAUUAUGAUAUUCAUAACAGCAGAAAGAAACCAAGGAUUGACUAUCCCCCUGAGUUUCACCAAAGACCAGGGUAUAUAAAGGAUCCCAGAUACCCCGAAGUAGACAGACGAUUUUCAGGAGUUCGACGAGAUGUGUUUUUAAACGGGUCCUACAAUGAUUACGUGAGGGAAUUCCACAACAUGGGACCACCACCGCCGUGGCAAGGAAUGCCACCGUAUCCAGGCAUGGAGCAGCCACCACACCACCCUUACUAUCAGCACCAUGCACCUCCACCUCAAGCUCACCCACCCUACUCAGGACAUCAUCCUGUACCACAUGAUGCAAGAUACAGAGACAAACGAGUACACGACUACGACAUGAGGGUUGACGACUUCCUGCGCCGCACACAAGCAGUGGUCAGCGGUCGGAGAAGCAGACCGAGAGAGAGGGAGAGGGAGCGGGACCGGCCCCGGGACAACAGAAGAGACAGGGAACGGGACAGAGGCCGCGAUCGGGAGAGGGAGAGAGAGAGGCUUUGUGACCGGGACAGAGACAGAGGUGAACGUGGCAGAUACCGAAGAUAAUGCACCUGGAGCAGUGCUCCCUUGAAACUAAACAGAAAGCUUGUAUUUUUUUGUGUGUUUACAGGUAGUACAUUUGAUUUUCAGCUGUCUACUUAAAAGUUCAUUGUGUAGAAGGAUUUAUAAUGACCCUCCCUCUUCCAAGCAUGCAGUGAACUAUGAACUGGAAAAAAAAAAAAAAGCCUUGAAUUGGCCAAAAAUAAAAUGGGCAAAGCUGGCACUCAGCUUGAUGUGUCUGUUGGAGCAGAACGGGAUGCAGCUAAGAUUGUAAAUCCCGAGUCAUUCUCCAUACGUGUUCAUCUACUUAGUGACUCCACUCUAGGUUUUCAGCCCUGAUGGAUAACUGCCAUAUUAUAGUUUAUUUUUUGCUUUGAUGUGUUCUUCCUGUAGUUUCACAUGGUUCAGUGGGAGAAUGCUGCUAUCAAGUAUGCAAAUAUUGAAAUAUGAUUUAUUUUUUUUCAUUUUUGCCUGUAUGGCAGUGUUGUAGCAGCCCUUUUUUGUUGUUGUUGUUGUUGUUGU